CAUAAUAGAAAAGAAGAAGAAGAAGAAGACGACUUACCUUCUUUAUAAAAAUGGCAAAAUGCAAAGCUAAACGAAAAUAUGACGAUGAACACAGGACAUUUCUGGAAGAAUGGGAAGAUGCUUACUUUUUCAUUGAACGGAAUGGCAAAUCGCUCUGUUUAUUAUGCGAUACCACGAUAUCACAUUACAAGGCUUCAAACCUUCAGCGUCAUUUUAGCACACUCCAUGCUAAUAUUGACAAGGAUUUCCCCAAAGGUACUGAACUACGGAAGCAAAAAUUGAGCACAUUGAAAAGCCAGGUAAAAAGACAGUCUCAAAUGUUUCAGCAAUUGACCAAGCGUGGAGAAGCUGUGACACUUGCAUCCUAUAAAGUGGCAUGGAAUAUUGCCCGUGCUAAAAAACCAUACAACGAAGGCGAGUUUUUAAAACAGUGUUUUGGAGAUUUAAUUGACAUUUUGGCUCCAGAUAACAAACAACUCAAAGAUUCCAUCACUGAUCUCCAGAUGUCACGACACACAGUUGAAACCAGAAUAUCAGACGUAAAUAAUGCGCUUGAAUCUGAUCUACAUGCAGACCUGAACGCAUGUGCUUAUUUUAGUGUAGCAUUAGACGAGUCAUGCGACAUACAGGACAAGCCACAGUUGGCAAUAUUUGUACGAAUGAUUUCUGAGGACUGCGUGGUGAAAGAAGAGCUUCUCGAUAUUGUCCCAUUAAAAGACAGAACUCUGACGUAAAAGAAGCAAUGAUGGAAGUAUUCAAAACAGCGAAUUUGUGUUUAGAAAAACUCACCGCAAUAGCCACGGAUGGAGUGCCAUCGAUGAUUGGUUCUGUGAACGGCCUUGUGGGCCUUUGUAAGGGUGAUGACCUCUUCCCCGAUUUUUGGAAUUUUCACUGCAUCAUCCACCGGGAGCAACUUGUGUCUAAAACACUGAAUUUAGACCACGUCAUGAAACCUAUGAUGGAGAUUGUGAACUACAUCCGCACGCAUGCCCUUACUCACCGACAGUUCAAAAAUCUCAUUGCUGACUUGCCACUGCACUGCGCUGUAAGAUGGCUCUCAAGAGGUAAAGUGGUUUCACGCUUUUUGGAGCUUUUGGAACCAGUAAAAUUGUUUAUGGCAGAAAAGAACAAAAGUUACCCUCAGCUCUCAGACCCCAAAUGGCUUAUGGAUUUGGCUUUCUUAGUGGACAUGCUUUCACACUUGGACAAACUAAACCUGGACCUGCAGGGGAAAUUAAAAACCCUUCCUGAUCUGACACAAAGUGUAUUCUCCUUUGUUAACAAGGUGAAGCUGUUCAAAGUGCACAUUCAAAAUGGCAAUCUGUCCCAUUUUCCUUCAUUGCGCAGCGCCCAGCAGAAGGCUGGCAUUAAAAUGAAUAUGGGUCAGUACGUGAAAAUGCUUGCGCAACUGCACGGGAGCAUUACUUCGCGUUUUGAGGACCUGCAACAGAAAAGACCACAGAUCACUCUUCUCAUCGACCCUUUUAAUGCAGAGGCAGACUGCCUCAAAUCCCCGCUUGUCACUGAUGAGGCAGCGAGUGAACUGGAGAUGAUUGAGCUACGCGAGGAUGACAGACUGAAAUCUCUUUGGAAAGAAGGCCCUGUUGCGUUUUGGAGAGUUGUGCCAACUGAAAAAUACCCGUGUGUAAAAAGAGCCGCCCUCAAACUGCUGUCGAUGUUCUCCUCAACAUAUGUCUGCGAAUCCCUGUUUUCUACCUUGAAACACGUGAAGUCCAAGCAUCGGUCCGUUCUGACUGACACUCACGUAAAGGAACUGCUCCGAGUGGCUACAACUGAAUACCAACCUGAUUUGCAGAGGAUUACUAGAAACAAGAGAUGCCAGAAAUCCCACUGAGAUUAUCACCCCAUCACCUCCAGCAAGCAGGAAGAAGAUGAACAGAUCUCUGGAUCAUCCAGAUCAACCAGAUGUUGAUGCUAUUAAGAUGUUUGUGGGACAA